AUGCUGUUGCUCGAGGUACUUUGAUGGAUGGAGUCCUCCUAUUGUUCCGCAAUAACAGUGGGCAAAGGUCUGUGUGCCUCUUCAUGUGAAUAAAGUACUUUACAUAGGUCAUAUACAGUACCAGUCAAAAGUUUCGAGACACCUGCUCAUUCAAGGGUUUUUCUUUAUUUUUACUAUUUUCUACAUUGUAGAAUAAUAGUAAAGACAUCAAAACUAUUAAAUAACAAAGUGUUAAACAAAUCAAAAUAUAUUUGAGAUUUGAGAUUCUUCAAAUAACCACCCUUUGCCUUGACGACAUCGUUUCACACUCUUGGCAUUCUCUCAACCACCUUCACCUGGAAUGCUUUUCCAACAGUCUUGAAGGAGUUCCCACAUAUGCUGAGCACAUGUUGGCUGCUUUUCCUUCACUCUGCCGUCCGACUCAUCCCAAACCAUCUAAAUUGGGUUGAGGUCGGGUGAUUGUGGAGGCCAGGUCAUCUGAUGCAGCACUCCAUCACUCUCCUUCUUGGUAAAAUAGCCCUUACACAGCCUGGAGGUGUGUUGGGUCAUUGUCAUGUUAAAAAAACAAAUGAUAGUCCCACUAAGCCCAAACCAGAUGGGAUGGCGUAUCGCUGCAGAAUGCUGUGGUAGCCAUGCUGGUUAAGUGUGCCUUGAAUUCUAAAUAAAUCAUAGACAGUGUCACCAGCAAAGCACCUCCACACCAUAACACCUCCUCCUCCAUGCUUUACGGUGGAAACCACACAUGCGGAGAUCAUCCGUUCACCCACACCGCGUCUCACAAAAAUGCUGCGGUUGGAACCAAAAAUCUCAAAUUUGGACUCCAGACCAAAGGACACAUUUCCACCAGUCUAAUGUCCAUGUGUUUCUUGGCCCAAGUAAGUCUCUUAUUCUUAUUGGUGUCCUUUAGUAGUGGUUUCUAUGCAGGAAUUCGACCAUGAAGGCCUGAUUCACACAGUCCCCUCUGAACAGUUGAUGUUGAGAUGUGUCUGUGACGCAUUUAUUUGGGCUACAAUUUCUGAGGCUGGUAACUCUAAUGAAAUUAUCCUCUGCAGCAGAGGUAACUCUGGGUCUUCCUUUCCUGAAUACUUUUGUGUGUGAGAGAUGCUCGGGGGGGGUGGGGUAGCUGAACAGUGGGAGUGACAGGAAACUGCUUUGGAAAUACUAUCCACCCAGCCUGACCAGUGUAGAGAGAACAAGGGAUGAUGAGAAGCGGUAAAGAGAGAUUGAAUGAAUAGUAUUGACACUUUUUUUUUGUCCAUUUGGUUUUAAUGGUCAUCUGCCUACACAUGUUAGUUAGCUACAUAAUUCCACAGACUCCAAACGCUAUUCUUUAUCAGUUCCAAAGACUGUGUGUAGUAGGGACUGUAAUUUCAAUUUCAGAUGGCUUUUUUACACAUUAUGCUCUUCCACAUAUCAAUUCAAUCGAUUUAAGGUAAACCACAUGGGUUCUAUCAAUUUGCGACUUGGGGGACACUUACAGAGGACAGGUUGGUGACUUACCAGCGCAUUUAAGACCUUACCGAUACAGUUAAGUGCCCCGCCAAGGGCACAACACACAGUAUUCCCCACACAUUUACCACUACCAAUGUAUCCCCUCUGUUUGCCAGUCCACUCAUCUGACUGGGUAGCAGGAGUCAAUACAGCCAGUUGUGCUCUUGGUGUUUUGAGAUGGUGAAAUUGUACCCCAGAUGCUGAUCUUGGGUCAGUUUAGCAUUUUCUCCCCAAAUAUGGUUAGGAUUGGGGGUGAGGAAGCUGAUCCUAGAUCUGUACCUAGCGGAAACUUCACCCUGGAGCGUUUGAGAUGGCUUUACUAUACAUGGCGGUUGGGCUGUGCAGGCGGCGAAGCAGACUACUAUAGCAUUCUGAAAUGCUUAAACAUCUUGUGCACUGUGCAGCCUGAUUGCAAUAUAGUCAAUCUCAAACACACAAUCUGGCUUUCUCACUGACUAAAGCACAGGUGAAAUAACAUCAAAUGUUGCAGAUUUUUUGAUGGUCUGCCUUUUGAAAAUUCUAUAUUUCCAGAGCUCUGAGUGCAUCUCACUUGAAUUGUGGUACAGAAGAGGAAAGGCUUUUAUCUCUCACUUGAAUCUCAUCAUUGCCAUUUUUUUAUUUUUAUUUUUUUACAUUCCUCUUCAACAUACAGUACCUUUUAUAAGGACGUAAAGGUUUUGAACUUGAAAACACAAACAGAUUCCAAAAAGGCCACUGUCUCCGUUCGGGAGAGGAAAUGUCUUGUUCUGAAAGAUGUGAAACCUUCAUUGCUCUGCCAUAACUCACUAGGAGUCACUGUUAGUUACUAGUAGUAGUCAAUUGUUACAAGUAGUCACUAGUAGCUAACAAACUCCAGCAGCUAAAACGUGUCUUUCCCUCUCCCCCUUCCAGGUAAACGGGACAGAAGCGGAUUAUGAAUAUGAGGAGAUCACGCUCGAACGGGUAAGGAGACUGUGUCUCUUUUUAUAAAUGUUUAUUCACAACCGUUGCUUGCUAAAUGGCCCUAUGGACCCUGGUCAAAAGUAAUGCACUAUAUAGGGAAUAGGGUGCCAUUUGGGAAUCACCCACAAUCUUUGCACAGCAGCAACACAGGUCCUCUCUCUUCUGUCACUAUAUUGAAGUGGUUCAGUACAUGAUACAGUGAAGUACUUUUACGUUCAAAUCACAUUUUAUUUGUCACAUACACGUGUUUAGCAGAUGUUAUUGCGGGUGUAGCGAAAUGCUUGUGCUUCUAGCUCCGACAGUGCAGUGACAUCUAACAAGUGAUAUCUAACAAUUUCACAACAUACACCCAAUACACACAUCUUAGUAAGGAAUAGAAUUUAAGAAUAUAUUCAUAUAUGGACAUGCAAUGACAGAGCGGCAUGGACUAAGAUACAGUAGAAUAUUAUAGAAUACAGUAUAUACAUAUGAGAUGAGUACUGCAAGAUAUGUAAACAUUAUUAAAGUGACUAGUGUUCCAUUUCUUAAAGUGGAGAGCCCUGCGGUUGCGGGCGGUGCAGUUGCCAUACCAGGCGGUGAUACAGCCCAACAGGAUGCUCUCAAUUGUGCAUCUGUAAAAGUUUGUGAGGGUUUUAAGUGCCAAGCCAAAUUUCUUCAGCCUCCUGAGGUUGAAGAGGCUCUGUUGCGCCUUCUUCACCACACUGUCUGCGUGGGUGGACUGUUUCAGUUUGUCAGUGAUGUGUACGCCAAGGAACUUGAAGCUUUCCAACUUCUCCACUGCGGUCCCGUCGAUGUGGAUAGGGGGGUGCACCCUCUGCUGUUUCCUGAAGUCCACGAUCAUCUCCUUUGUUUUGUUGAUGUUGAGUGAGAGGUUAUUUUCCUGGCACCACACUCCCAGAGCCCUCACCUAAUUUCUUCACAUUAUAAGCGCAGCAAUGCGCACACGGCAGUAGGCUAUAAGCACAAAUGUUCCCUCAGCAGGAAAACACGAUUUUCAAAAGUGACCACUAAUGCAAUUAUGCAUGAAUUGCUUUUAUUAUAUAGAUGCAUUUUUAUGGUGAAAAUGAUCUUCCGCAAACUUGAAACUCACGCGCUAUGUAUGUAUGCCAGUUAGGCUCUACAUCCUUGUAUAGCGGAUUAAUGUGCUUUAUUUUAAGAAGUUAUUUUGACGCUUUAGUUGUAAAACAAACCUUAUUAAAACAAGUGAUAAUAUAUAAUUGGUAAGUGAUAGGUUAAUAUUUGCACCCAUCACACUAUUCUUGAUUUAAUCUUGUCUUUACAUACACAAAAUAAUAUGUGUGAAAUUUGUUUUGAUUUAGAAUAGACCAUUAUCAUGCACCUGUCUCGAAACAGGGGCAGCGGGAAAAAAAAUACAUGUCAUUUAUGCACUUAUAGCAAAUUGAGGACGCUUUUUGCGUCGUUCAUUUUCAUGCCGGCGAGAAAGCAAUGUGCUUAAUAUUAGGAAAGUUGAAAAAUGAAUAUAGUAGGCCUAGCCUAUAGAAAGCUGAUGGGAUCCUCCUCUUUUUAAUAGAGGCCAUCACUCUGUUCUCACGCAAUUGCAUAGCCUAUAGAAAUGUUGCGCAAAAUGAGCUCAUGGGCUCUCAUUUAAAUUUUUGAUUUGAUUUUCUAUUACAUUUGCAUUGAUGUCAGUGAUUAGAGGGACAAUAGAGUGCUGAGUACCAGGCAGUUAGCAAGUUUGGUAGGCUACUAAUGACCAUCAGCAGCAUCAGAGCUUGGAGAAGCCUAAUUACCAUGAUUAAACGGUCAUGUGGAAUUUGACUGUUGUCUAGACGUGUGACCGCCGGUGUGGCGGUAAUACAGUCACCGUAACAGCCCUACUCACAGCUCGAGUGUGCAGGGUCUGUAUGAAUUCCAUUUCUAUUCAGAUAAUUCAGGGGAAUCAUUCAAUUAGUUAAUUACACUGCAAUUCGUCUCUCAGAAUUGAGUGGAAAUGGAACUGACCCCAACACUGCUCGUAUGAUACAGCACAAUCAGGACCUUAGUGUUCUCUCCUCUCAAGUUGUCCUGUAUCAAACGGCCAACUGUCUUGCGUAGUACACUCCUCCAGUCUCGCCAAUGCUCCACACAAGUCAAUGACACACUCCAAGGCUGCAUCCCAAAUGGCACCAUAUUCCCUAUAUAUAAGCACUAUAAAGAGAAUUGGGUGUCAUUUGGGACUCAGACCAUGUCACUGGCAUUAUACGUAUUUUGUUGCUUUGUGCACUCUUGCAUUAUGCAGCCGUGUCUUAUUCCUCCCAAUGCUCCCAUCAUGCUGCUGAUGUCUCUUUGUUAUUUUCCUUUUUUUUUCUUUUUUUUUGUGCGUGACCCAUUUCAGCUGUACUCAAGUGCACGGUGUUAUUAACAUAGCGUAAAUAAAAAAUGCUCGCCUCUCCGCAAGCUGUCUCCCUGGGAGCCCUUAUCCCCUGCGCCCGCUGCCAUUCCUAAGGAGCACAAUGCACUCUGUGUGUUACGCCGCUGUUUGUGCGGUCUUACCAACUUUUACGGUCAUGCAUGACAAGUUGGCAAGACAGCACAAAACAGAUCUGGGACCAGGCUAAGCUUUCCAAAUGGUCAACGAGAAUCUACAACAAAGUGGCAGUAUUAUCACAUCAUUAUCAUGUGAUAAUACUGCCACUUUGUUGUAGAUUCUCGUUGACCAUUUGGAAAGCUUAGCCUGGUCCCAGAUCUGUUUUGUGCUGUCUUGCCAACUUGUCAUGCAUGACCGUAAAAGUUGGUAAGACCGCACAAACAGCGGCGUAACAAUACACCUUAGGAGUAGGGAAGACUGCACAAACAAGUCUGUUGUAUGCAGUAGCAGUCUGUAAUUGUUAUCAUUGUUGACAUGUUAAUAUAUGAAUUAAAAAUAAUACAUGGGAUUUAUAUAGUGCUUUUCAAAGACCCAAAGAUGCAUCAAUGUAUGGAGAAAGUGUGUUUGUUUGUUUGUCUUGGAAAGUAGUGAAUUAUGUUUUGUUUGGUUUCUCCAGGGUAACUCUGGGCUGGGUUUCAGUAUCGCGGGGGGAACGGACAACCCCCACAUCGGUGAAGACCCCAGCAUCUUCAUCACCAAGGUCAUCCCUGGGGGGGCGGCGGCCCAGGACGGACGACUCCGGUGAGUGAGGAACACACACACAUAUUAGGGGUGUGAACGUUUAGACAUGAAAACGUUAACGUUAAGAAAAAUCCCUAACUGUGAAAGUUACAAAUCACAGUGCAGUUAUCACAAAACUACCACUAACAGGUCCCGAUCAUCAUUAUAAAGGGACAAUUUAAAUUAAACAAAUACCUAAUGCAACAGUGCUGUAACAUUACUGGUAGAUAUGCAUCUUUCAAAUUAUUAUAUAUAAAGCUCUUGGCGUUAACAGUUGGAAAAAUGGUUGAGAAAGGCAAGUGACAGCAGCAAAGUCCUGUAUGGCAAUACUUUGAGAAGUUAAAUGAGAAGAUGGUGAACUACAAACUUUGCCAGGUGGAAUUGAGGUUCAGUAAUGGUAGUACCAGGGAUGUCAUCUGGAUUCACCUGGUCAGUAUGUCAUGGAAAGAGCAGGUGUUCCUAAUGUUUUGUACACUCAGGGCCCUAUAUUCCACUAGGGCUGGGAAUUGCCAGGGACCUCACAAUAUGAUGUUAUCGCGAUACAUUUUACAUUUUAGGCAUUUAGCAGACGCUCUUAUCCAGAGCGACUUACAGUUUAGUGAGUGCAUACAUUUUUCAUACUUAGGUGCCGAUACGAAUAGUAUUGCAAUUCUUGCGAUUCUAUAUGUAUUGCGACUCGAUACUGCCAUUUUAUUGCAACUAUAAAUCAGUCAAACAUUGGAAUGACACCUCCAGCGCAGCACUGUGAGACUUCUUUGACAAUACUGAUUGGCCAUUGUAACAUCAGCAACCAUGUUCUGAAAUCCUGUCACAAGGAAUUGUCGGUGUGUUCUCUGAGCUGUUCAAUCGCUCACUGAGGAAGCACACAAUACCAGCUCUGUGGAAAUCUUCCAUCGUAUGCCCAGUGCUCAAGAAGAGCCACCCUGCUGUUUGAAUGAUUACCGCCCUGUUGCAUUAACACCUGUCAUAAUUAAACGGUUUUGGGCGCCUGGUCCUCUCCCACAUACAAAACAAGGUUUGAGACAUUGUAGACCCCCUUCAAUUCGCCUACAUGCAACAGAGAGGAGUGGACGAUGCUCUUGUGUACUUAAUACACCUGGCUCAGUCCCAUCUUGAAAAAAGUCCAAUGCCCGGAUGGUGGUUGUGGACUUUUCCAGUGCUUUUAACACAAUCUAAUGGGGAAGAAACUUUUGCAUAUGAACAGUGGUGGAAAACGUACUCAAUUAUCAUACUUUAGUAAAAGUAAAUAUACCUUAAUAGAACAUUACUUAAGUAAAAGUGAAAGUCACCCAGUAAAGUACUACUUGAGUAAAAGUCUAAAAGUAUUUGGUUUUAAAUAUACUUAAGUAUCAAAAGUAAAUGGAAUUGCUCAAAUGUACUUAAGUAUCAAAAGUAAAAGUAUAAACCAUUUCAAAUUCCUUAUGUUAAGCAAACCAGACAGCACCAUUUUCUUAUUUUUAUUUAUUUUAAUUGACGGAUAGCCAGGGGCACACUCCAACACUCUGACAUAAUUUACAAACAAAGCAUUUGUGUUUAGUAAGUCCGCCAGAUCAGAGGCAGUAGGGAUGACCAGGGAUGUUCUCUUGAUAAGUGUGUGAAUUGGACAAUUUUCAUGUCAAAAUGUGUAAUGAGUACUUUUGGUUGUCAGGGGGAAAAGUAUGCAGUAAAAAGUAUUAUUUUCUUUAGGAAUGUAGUAAAGUAAAAGUUGGCAAAAAUAUAAAUAGUCACAAGGAAGUAAAGUACAGAUACCCAAGAAAACUACUUAAGUAGUACUUUAAAGUAUUUUUACUUAAGUACUUUACACCACUGCAUAUGAACCAAGUCCAAACUUAAUUCUGUGGAUUUUAUAUUUUUUGUCAAAUAGACCACAAUAUUUUAUUUUUGUAUUUAACUAGGCAGGUCAGGCAUGCACGCUGACUUCGGUCGCCAGCUGUACAGUGUUUCCUCCGACACAUUGGUGCAGUUGGCUUCCGGGUUAAGCGAGCAGUGUGUCAAGAAACAAGUGCGGCUUGGCAGGGUCGUGUUUCGGAGGACGCAUGGCUCUCAACCUUCGCCUCUCCCGAGUCCGUACAGGAGUUGCAGCGAUGGGACAAGACUGUAACUACCAAUUGGAUAUCACGAAAUUGGCGAGGAAAAAGGGGUAAAAAGUACCCCCAAAAAAUAAAUAGAGUAUUAUUAGACAGCUCAGUCUUUUUAAUUGGGUAUAGUUCACUUUUGCUGUAAUUUAGUUUGUAUCCUGCGAUGUUCUCAAAUACAGUUAAAAUAUUAAGCACCAGAGGAAUGGAAGCAAUCGGGUCUGAAAUGUAUAAAAACAAGUCAAACGCAUAUAGAGACACUUUCUGUUCUGUUCUCUCUUUUCACUCCACUAAUAUUUUCAUUGGCCCGGAUUGAGAUGGCCAGGGGUUCUAUCACAAUGGCAAAUAGGCACCCUUGCCUAGUUCAAUGUUUUUAGUGAGAAAUAUUGUUAUUUGUGGCCAUUUGUUCUUACUGAAGCACAUGGUAAAGCAUACAAUCAUUUUACCCAGGAAAUGAAAUUGCAGCCAAGCCAAGUUUUUUUUUUAUGUUGCAAAGAGUUUUUUUUUUUUAUGUCCCACUACACGAUCAGAUUACUUUUCGGCGUCUAAUGAUAUUACAACCUCCGUUUUUUUUCUUCUGUUGAAUCCCUAGAGUUAUACAUUUUUAAUAGCCGUCUAGGAUUGCAGGAGGACAGCUGAUUUUCUUGCGGGGGGGGGGGGGGGGGGUGUAUUUUUAGAUCAAUACGGUUUGGUCCAAUGAUACCUGUUUAAUACUUGUUUCCAACUGUUGGGGAUAGGACUUUAGUUAAAAUCUUUGUCCGCGUUACUUAAGGAUAUGGGGCGAUAGGAACUACACUUAAGUGGGUCUUUUUAUUGGGUUUUAACAGUAAUGAGAUGCAUGCUUGGUUCAUUGAUGGAGGAAAUAAUUUGUUUUCAAGAGAUUCAUAGUAAACUGCAUGCAAAAUAGGAGUGAGUUGGACAUCAUUUGCAUUGAUUUAAUUGCUUUUUUAAAUUUAAUCGACAGUUGGCUCUUUGUUAAGUAUAUCUCUAUCUCUAGAAUCAAGAGUGGGCAAUGGGAGGUUGUUAAAGAAUGAUUCAAUUAGGGGAGUGUUUCCAAUUAAUUCUGAUUUGAUAUCAAUUAGAAUAUAUGUUUUUGAACACUGUUUAUUUCAUUGUUGUCACAGGUGGGCAUACCAUCACUGUCAUAUAUUUUUUCAAUUGUAUGUGAUGUGGCAGAUCGACAUAGUUGGUGAGCUAGUAUUUUACUGGGUGUUUUUUAAAGAGCAUAUUGCCUGUCUAGGCUCAGGAUACAUUCUGUAAGCGUUUUCCAUUUUCUUUGUUUCUUUUUGGUGAAUGCAGUCAUUUGACCUCUAAGGUAUGCUUUCAUUGUCCCCCACAAAAUGUUCUUAUCGUUUUAACUGAAAAACGAUAAAUAACAUUAAGAAAAAUGUUCAAUUUGUCACAUCCCUAAUGAAUAUACACACACACACAGGUAUACAUACAGACAUGGACACAUUGUGUAUUUGUUCUUUAUAUACUCUCUGAAUUGGCUCAAUUCCUAUCUAGACUAAUUUACAUAAAGACCUUUAGGUAUAUGUUGUCUGUCUCAUCUUUUGGAUCUAUAGGCUACACACUUCCAGAUCCACUGCUUAAACGUUUAGCCUAGAUGUGCACAUCUGUCAGUUUGGUAUCCCUAAAUGACCCCAGAUUGUCUUGGGUCUUAGAAGAGUAAUAUGUUUGUGUGGAUAUUACUCAUACAGCCUACUAGCACAGCAUAGAAUGAGGAGUAUUGAGAGGGUGACUGUCGCAAAUUGCAGACCUGGGUUCAUAUUGUGCCCUAAUGAAUACGACCCUGAACAGUAACACCCUGGCAGGUAACAUAAUUCAGUAUCCCGAUAGUCAAUGACAGACACAAGCUUCUCUAUGGACCCCACAGACACAUCCACAGGGUCAGAGUGCUUGGGUGCUUUCACUACCUCAUCAAUAUUACACUAGUCCCCGGCAGAAGAACUUAAUACAGCCCAGUGUCAAGGUAAACCAGAGUCACAAUAGCGGACGUGAGCCAGUGUGACAUUCUCCAUCGACGAGGGGGUCAAAUAUGGCGCCCGAUGCCUGUUUUGGUUGCCCAAGUUUGAGAGAGCUCAAAGGGGUACAGGGUCAGUUCCGUUUCAUCUAGUCAAUUUGGAAAGGUAAAGAGAUAUAUCUGAGAUAGAGUACCAGUCAAAAGUUUGGACACACCUACUCAUUCAAGCGGUUUUCUUUAUUUUUACUAUUUUCUACAUUGUAGAAUAAUAGUGAAGACAUCAAAACUAUGAAAUAACACAUAUGGAAUCAUGUCGUAAACAAAAAAGUGUUACACAAAUCAAAAUAUAUUUUAAAUGUUAGAUUCUUCAAAGUAGCCACCCUUUGCCUUGAUGACAGCUUUGCACACUUUUGGAAUUCUCUCAACCAGCUUCACCUGGAAUGCUUUUCCAACAGUCUUGAAGGAGUUCCCACAUAUGCUGAGCACUUGUUGGCUGCUUUUCCUUCGCUCUGCGGUCCAACUCAUCCCAAACCAUGUCAAUUGGUUAAAAAAACAAACAAAAAAACUGGAAUAAGUAGGUGUGUCCAAACUUUUGACCGGUAUUCUAUUUACUGAUGUUCUUGUUCAUUUUCAAGUAAUUUUAAAUGCGUACAUACAUGCACGUAACCGACAAAAUAAAGGAAACCCCAACAUAAAGUGUGUUAAUAGGGCACGAGCUGCCAGAACAGCUUCAAUCUUUGUUGGCAUAGAUUCUGCACGUGUCUGGAACUCUAUUGGAGGGAUACGACAACAUUCUUCCACGAGAAAUUCCAUCAUUCAGUGUUGUUGAUGGUGGUGGAAAUCACUGUCUCAGGUGCCGCUCCAUAAUCUCCCAUAAGUGUUUAAUUUUGUUGCGAUCUGGUGACAGAGACACACACCCUUUAAACCCCCUAUGCUCCUUUGAGACUCCUCUUUCAAAGUCACUGAGAUCUCUUCUAACAUUUACAUUUCAGUCAUUUAGCAGACGCUCUUAUCCAGAGCGACGUACAGGAGCAAUUAGGGUUAAGUGCCUUGCUUAAGGCACAUCAACAGAUUUUUCACCUAGUCUGCUCGGGGAUUAGAACCAGCGACCUUUCGGUUACUGGCACAACGCUCUUACCCACUAAGCUACCUGCCGCCCUAUCUAAGACAUGGUAGCCAAAAUAAAGGGCAACUGGGCAUUUUUAUACAUGAACAUAGUACAACGUUCUUACACUUACAGUUCACUCUUACCCAAAGUAUAAGGAUGUAUUACACGAUUGUUUGUUUUUGUUGUCAUUUGAAUAUUUUAUUUUUCAUUUGAAAAAAACCGGCAGUUUACCUUCAGGUCUUGUGACUUGAAGAUUUGAGGGGUCAUACAUGCUCAUGACAAGUGUUACAAACAAUUAUACCUGCAUCAUAAUGCAUUAUACCUGCAGGCUUUAAAAGAGAAGUUCAGUUUUUUGUAACUUGAUGGUUCCUCACCCUGUGGGCCAAUAGAAACUGUAAUCCAUCGUUCGUUUUUUUCUUUAAACAGGCACUACAAACCUGAGGAACCAAUUUAACAUUGUAAAGUUGUAAAAUUCUGAACUUAUCCUGUAAGUAAUGAGUUGGCUGAAAUUGUGAUGGGAUCAUGAGUCCCCACCCUGGUUCUAACUGUCAUUCCUCUUCACCCCGGUGUAGGGUCAACGACGUCAUCCUGCGGGUGAACGAGGCGGACGUGCGGGACGUGACCCACAGCCGGGCGGUGGAAGCUCUGAAGGAGGCCGGGUCGCUGGUGCGCCUCUACGUCCGCCGGAGGAAGCCCGUCUCCGAGAAGGUGAUGGAGAUCAAGCUAGUGAAAGGACCCAAAGGUACACAGCAAUAUCGCAAGUGUUAAAUCAACUAAUUGUGUUAAGGUUAACUCAACACUCUUACCCACACUACAGUGUUAAUGUUACAUUAAACUUUUUUAGAGGGCCCAAAGGUAGUGUAGGGGAGACCAUUUUGGAGUUGUUUCUUAAAAUCUUAUUCACUCUAAAACUGUUUGAUGUAGGGAUUUCUAAAUUUCACACAAACAAACGUACAUUUGUGACGUGCUCUAUCAUUAUCAGUAUUUAAAAAAAUAGCAUAAACAAAUACAAAUGUUUUAAUCAUAGUAUAAUUGAACAAUGUAAUGAUUUUUUAAAAACUGAUAUUUGGAUGAAAAUACACUAAAUUGACAUAUUUUCCUUUUAUCUGUUAGGCAUGUAAUAUCCAAAGUAUUAUAUUUUGUAUUAGCGUAAAAAAAAGUGUACAUUUUUCUGAAGUAUUAUCUUGGUUGCACUACCAAAGUUGAUUUAAAAAGUCAUAUUUUAUAUAAAUAUGUGAAUGUCUAAAUAAUUACAUAUGAUAUAAAUGUAGGUAAGGGGUAAAUUGGAGCAUUGCGUUAAACCCAACCCAAAGCAUAGAACUCUUUCCAAAUGAGUCUUGUGAGAACAUACAACAGUAAUUGUCAUCAACUAUACCUCAUCUUAAUUGAUAAAAAAUGAUAUGUUUAGAUACAGUGAGGGAAAAAAGUAUUUGAUCCCCUGCUGAUUUUGUACGUUUGCCCACUGACAAAGAAAUGAUCAGUCUAUAAUUUUAAUGGUAGAUUUAUUUGAGCAGUGAGAGACAGAAUAACAACAAAAAAAUCCAGAAAAAAGCAUGUCAAAAAUGUUAUAAAUUGAUUUGCAUUUUAAUGAGGGAAAUAAGUUUUUGACCCGUUCUCAAUCAGAAAGAUUUCUGUCUUCCAGGUGUCUUUUAUACAGGUAACGAGCUGAGAUUAGGAGCACACUCUUAAAGGGAGUGCUCCUAAUCUCAGCUUGUUACCUGUAUAAAAGACACCUGUCCACAGAAGCAAUCAAUCAAUCAGAUUCCAAACUCUCCACCAUGGCCAAGACCAAAGAGCUCUCCAAGGAUGUCAGGGACAAGAUUGUAGACCUACACAAGGCUGGAAUGGGCUACAAGAGAAGGUGACAACAGUUGGUGCGAUUAUUCGCAAAUGGAAGAAACACAAAAUAACUGUCAAUCUUCCUCGGCCUGGGGCUCCAUGCAAGAUCUCACCUCGUGGAGUUGCAAUGAUCAUGAGAACGGUGAGGAAUCAGCCCAGAACUACACGGGAGGAUCUUGUCAAUGAUCUCAAGGCAGUUGGGACCAUAGUCACCAAGAAAACAAUUGGUAACACACUACGCCGUGAAGGACUGAAAUCCUGCAGCGCCCGCAACGUCCCCCUGCUCAAGAAAGCACAUAUACAGGGCCGUCUGAAGUUUACCAAUGAACAUUUGAAUGAUUCAGAGGAGAACUGGGUGAAAGUGUUGUGGUCAGAUGAGAACAAAAUUGAGCUCUUUGGCAUCAACUCAACUCGCCGUGUUUGGAGGAGGAGGAAUGCUGCCUAUGACCCCAAGACACCUUCCCCACCGUCAAACAUGGAGGUGGAAACAUUAUGCUUUGGGGGUGUUUUUCUGCUAAGGGGACAGGACAACUUCACCGCAUCAAAGGGACGAUGGACGGGGCCAUGUACCGUCAAAUCUUGGGUGAGAACCUCCUUCCCUCAGCCAGGGCAUUGAAAAUGGGUCGUGGAUGGUUAUUCCAGCAUGACAAUGACCCAAAACACACGGCCAAGGCAACAAAGGAGUGGCUCAAGAAGAAGCACAUUAAGGUCCUGGAGUGGCCUAGCCAGUCUCCAGACCUUAAUCCCAUAAAAAAAUCUGUGGAGGGAGCUGAAGGUUCGAGUUGCCAAACGUCAGGCUCGAAACCUUGACUUGGAGAAGAUCUUUAAGAGGAGUGGGACAAAAUCCCUCCUGAAAUGUGUGCAAACCUGGUGGCCAACUACAAGCAACGUCUGACCUCUGUGAUUGCCAACAAGGGUUUUGCCACCAAGUACUAAGUCAUGUUUUGACAUGCGUUUUUCUGGAUUUUUUUGUUGUUAUUCUGUCUCUCACUGUUCAAAUAAACCUACCAUUAAAAUUAUAGACUGAUCAUGUCUUUGUCAGUGGGCAAACAUACAAAAUCAGCAGGGGAUCAAAUACUUUUUUACCUCACUGUACAUGGAGAAUGUUCUACAGGUCAAUAAUCAAAAAAGAGAGGUGGCAACAAAAAAAAAAAGGAAACAAUUGUCCCCGGUCUCCCCUCCUUCUCUAUAGGGCCCAAAGGUAGUGUACUCCAUACAUUUCAGGGCCCAAAGUUAGUGUGCUCCAUAGGGGUGUGAACGUUUAAACGUUAAAACGUUUAAGCCCUUAGAUCGCAAUAUCUACUAAGCUAACAUAUGGAAUUAUUUUAAGAUGGUCAUAAAAUUGAUAAUUUUGCCAUUUGAAUUUUAGGACCCCUGUAGGUCUAAAAAAAAUUAUGAUGAAACAUUGAAUUUGGCCUUUACUUCUAUAGCCCUUAGAAACUCAUUGAGUACAUUGCAAAACAGAUGGUCAAGAAAAAAAUCAUAAGAAAUAAAGUUUUAAAGUGGGUGUCCUAUAUCUGAGAGAACUCAGAAAAAAAAAAUGUUUAGACCCAUUUUUGGUACCGUUAUUCGUGUCACUUUUCUUUUACCCCCUAUGCAUGUUUUGCCAUUUUUACAGCCCGUUACUAGGUUACCUUUAGACGACUCCCCUGAAGCUUGUGUGCGUUGUAGAACAAAACAACCAACACUUUCGUAUUCGUGAGGGCCAACUCUUUGUAUUGGUUACAUAUUAGUUUGUUGCUCCAACGGUUUGGUCUGGACAGUCGGUUUUGUGAGAACACCUCUUCGAAAUUAGGACGUUCGCGACCGUUCUGCUGUAAAGCUUGUGGAUGUCGUAGAGCAGAAAAACUAACACUCGUGUUCGUGAGAGUCAUCUUUUGUUGGUGGGGACUUUGUAGCUCAAAUGGUUUGAGGUUUUACAGACAAUUUUGUGACUAUUUUAUUGUCCGGAUACUCUCGUGUAGAAAAAGACUGCUUUCAAAAGCCCCCCCACCCCAUGUUAUGGAAUAGGUGCAAGCUUUAUAUCGUUAGAAAGAGGGGAUUGAGCUGCAGCCGCUACAAGAAAAGUCUCUAGCAUAAUCACAUGGGGAGCUAUUCAAUAUUGAAUAUGGCAUCACCGUGUGACGUUAGGGAGCGUCAAUCGACUUUAGGGGGUUAAACAAAAUUGGGAUCCUUAACGUUAAAUCCCUAACCGAAAAACAAAAAAUUCACCUUUCAGCAGGACAAUAACCUAAAACACAAGGCCAAAUAUACUCUGGAGUUGCUUACCAAGACGACAUUGAAUGUUCCUGAGUGGCCUAAUUACAGUUUUGACUUAAAUCGACUUAAAAUCUAUGGCAAGACUUGAAAAUGGCUGUCUAGCAAUGAUCAACAACCAACUUGAAAGAGCUUGAAGAAUUUUUAAGAAAAAUAUGCAAAUAUUGUACAAUCCAGUCGUGCAAACCUCUAGACUUCCACAGAUUACACAAAUUCACAGCUUUAAUCGCUGGCAAAGGUGAUUCUAACAUGUAUUGAAUACUUAUGUAUCCUUUUUUAAUUCAGGCUGUAACACAACAACAUGUGGAAUAAGUCAGUAUGAAUACUUUCUGAAGGGACUUUAGGCCUAGUGCAACUUCCUGACUGUCUGCCUGGUGGCCGACCUGCCUAUACUGUGCCCCUCUGCUCUCUCUCCGUCCCUCGCUAGCUCGCUAUGAAAGAUGUGAGUGUUUGUUCUCAGAAGUACCGCAACUAAUCAGUCUCCUCCGUUCCAAAAAUCCUGAAUCUUAGGAGUCUAUUCUUAGUGGAAUCAAAUCUUGACACUCAGAAAUGGGAGUCGACAUCGGGAGUCGAUGGGCAAGGAGUCAAGUAUAACUGUCAUCAUCGAUAACAGUUGGAAAAAUGGCAGAGAAAGACAAGCACAGCAGCAAAGUCCUGUAUGGCAAUACUUUGAGAAGUUAAAUGAGAAGGAAGUGCUAACUUUGCGAAGUGGAAUUGAGGUACAGCAAUAGUAGUAAAGGUGCAAUGCUUAACCAUCUGAAAGGGAUGCACUGUGAGACCCAAACCGCAGCUGCAUUGUGAAUUCACAUGGAAUUUUAUGAAUUUGUCUUAUAGUUUGAACUGAAAACCCAUAAAAAAGGGAGUUUAAACAUUAAGAAAUGUUUUCCUUUUGUCACAUCCCUAGUACUCCACACAUUCCAGGACCCAAAGGUCGUGUACUCCGCUAUAGGGCCCAAAGGUCGUGUACAGUUAUUACAGGGCCUAUAGUACUGCUCCAUAUUAGUUGAGGACUGUUUGUUGACUGUUUAGCGUUAGCUAGCUACCUGAUUACUCUGACCAGCUACCUUGCUAGCCAUGUAAAACAGUUACAAAGGUAUAGCCAGGCUACAGUACCAUACCUUGUUAAUGACUAGCUUGCUGUUGUAACUGUAAUAAUUUAGGCUACAGGCUGAUAUCUAGCUAACUUUAAGUUAUUGACAGAUAGAUGACUGGGAGAGGAGCUCUCGUAGCCUACAAGUUUGUCAGAGGCUGAUAAUUGUACUGCUUGCUAGGGGAUACCUGUAUGAACGUGUGAUAAUGAUCUAUUACCUAGUCCCACCUCCAGAAAAUGCGGUGGUGGGUGCAUCAAAAGUAUUUAUCCGGCAGAAAAUAAAGUUCAGUCUUUCUUCUAAACUAAGCUAGAGCUGGUUUUAGAAUUGGUUUGAGAAUUCUGAAAUGUUUCUAUCGCCUACACUUGAUUUUUCAGCCACCUUCUGUCACUUAAAGGAAAAUUCCACCCAAAAACGAUAUUUUGGUAUGUUUCAUUAGUCCAUUGUUGACAUAGUCCCAACAUGUUAUGAUGCAUCAUACAGGGAUGAUUUCUGUAUUUUGAAAGUUUACAUAUCUUGAAAACUUGAUUGCUGACACAUUUUUGGACAAUGUCAACACUGGACUAAUGAAACAAAUACCAAAAUAUAUUUUGGGGGUGGAAUUUUCCUUUAAGAUGCCAGCACCCUGACACAGGUAGCUAGCUAGCUAACCUAAACUUUGCGACGCAAAAAAAAUAAGAAAAUGCUUAGCUUGCUGCAAAAGGUGCUUGCUAAGACUAAUACGCCACAUGACCAAAAGUAUGUGACACCUGCUUGUUGAACUUCUCAUUACAAAAUCAUGGGCAUUAAUAUGGAGUUGGUCCCCCCUUUGCCGCUAUAACACCCUCCACUCUUCUGGGAGGGCUUUCCACUAAAUGUUAGAACAUUGCUGCGGUGACUUGCUUCCAUUCAGCCACGAGCAUUAGUGAGGUUGGACACUGAUGUUGGGCGAUUAGGCCUGGCUCGCAGUUGGUGUUCCAAUUUAUCCCAAAGGUAUUCGAUGGGGUUGAGGUCAGGGCUCUGUGCAGGCCAGUCAAGUUCUGCCACGUCGAUCUCGACAAACCAUUUCUGUAUGGACCUUGCGUUGUGCACGGGGGCAUUGUCAUGCUAAAACAGGAAAGGGCCUUCCCUAAACUGUUGCCACAAAGUUGGAAGCAUAGAAUCGUCUAGAAUGUCAUUGUAUGUUGUAGCAUUAAGAUUUCCCUUCACUGGAACUAAGGGGCCUAGCCCAAACCAUGAAAAACAGCACCAGACCAUUAUUCCUCCUCCUCCGAACAUUACAGUUGGCACUAAACAUUCGGGCAGGUAGCAUUCUCCUGUCAUCUGCCAAACCCAGAUUCGUCCGUCGGACUGCCAGAUGGUGAAGUGUGAUUCAUCACUCUAGAGAACGUGUUUCCAGUGUCCAAUGGCAGCAAGCUUUACUCCACUCCUCCAGCCGACGCUUGGCAUUGUGCAUGGUGAUUUUAGGCUUGUGUGCGGAUGCUUGACCAUGGAAACCCAUUUCAUGAAGCUCCCAACGAACAGUUCUUGUGCUGACGUUGCUUCCAGAGGCAGUUUGGAACUCGGUAGUGAGUGUUGCAACCGAGGACAGACGAUUUUUACACGCUACUCUUCAGUACACUCCUAGACAUUUCCACUUCACAAUAACAGCACUUACAGUUGACCGGGGCAGCCCUAGCAUUUCUAAAAACCUGUUUUCGCUUUGUCAUUAUGGAGUAUUGUGUGUAGAUCGAUGAGGAACAUUUUAUUUAGCCCAUUUUAGAGUAAGGCUGUAACGUAACAAAAUGUGGAAAAAGGGAAGGGGUCUGAAUACUUUCCAAAUUCACUGUAUAUCAAAUAUGCAGUCACUAAUCUCGGUUCACGCUUAACAAAAAUCUCUUGUAAUUGUUGGAAAUUGAGAUUCGAAAUCUCUACUCUAGCAAACGGAAAAGCAGUGAAUGAGACUCAACAUGGAAGUGCGUGAGGAGGAUAUUUGACACUGCUAUUUAGAAUCUUAGCAGUGUCCCAUUUCAUCCCUUCGUUUAAGCCACUGCAACAGUUGUUUAAAAUUAGUCACACUUAUCGUUCCAAUAUUGUUUUGAAAUUUGAGUCCCGACUGAAUGUUCUGGGCUACUCAAUGCAUUGUUAUUGGCGCUGAUAAAUACAAUUACAUUUGUAAAGGAGUCAAAUAACUUGUAGGAAAACCUUUUGUCGUCAUUGUGAUGUCAUCAGAUUGACCUUAGAUGUAGUAUAGCAUUAGCUAGCUAGCUAUGAUUGAGGUUAAAGUUGUUUCCUACUAUUUGUCUACUUUAGCAAUGCCAUCGUACAGUAUUUCCAGGCCACUAGAUUGCAAUUUAGAUGAAACAGUCAUUAGCCCCCGUUAGGAAUGACUGCGCACCACUCCACGCCCAUAUGGCUCUUUAGAAUGUUCAUAACAAUGGUGUGGCUAUUGCUAAAGUUUGAUAUAUCAAGCGUGGUCAGGUUUGUGCAGUUUGCUGUCAGAGGCUGGGGGAUGUUAUGUUGUUGGUGUUAUGGCCCUUGUUAUUUAUAAGUGGAGAUUUUUUUUGUGCCAUGUUCGUUUAAUGAAAAUACUGUAAUAGGACGGGGCCAUCCAGUGUUUCCAUGGGGCCAUCCAGUGUUUCCAAGCUUGAAAUCCUCGCCCCCAGUUUAAGCACCACCUUCCUGAUACCUCCAAUGACGAAAACCCAAUACCCGGAACUAAUGCUGCUCGUUAUCUCACCCAUCAAAGAUAUUGGUAGUCUGUCCACGAGAGAUUAUGCAAUCACAAACCUGGGUUGCACGCAACCGGAAACAUUUGUAAAAGUUUUACAGCGGAAUACGAAAUUGAUUCAUUCUUAUAAUACGUUAUUAGACAUUAUUAGUCGCAAGUAGUCCCUCCCUGUUUGUCUGUUUUCUAUCAUUUGGAGCCGAACAAACAGGACCAUGGUUCCAAAUGGACAAACUCUUAUGGGCAGUGUAGGUUGGAAGAUUAUCCAAUCACUUGAUUCUGCAGGGUCGUGUUUAGUAGGGCACACCGUUGCAAGAUGGUUAAGAACCUCCCCUUUUCACACAGUUUCAAAACGUUUUCUACCUACUUGACAUGACCCCGGGGCCUAAUUUAUAAACAUUGCAUACUUACAAAAUACUGUAUACCCCAGAACAUGCGUGCUCCAGUUUUCACGCAAAAGUUUCACGACUAGGUGAAAAAUCGGUCUAUAUGCCCUUGAGCAAGGCACUUAACCCUAAUUGCUCCAGGGUAGCCAUCCAAUAAUGGCUGAUCCCUGGCCGUGACCCCACUCUCCGAGGCCGUCUCAGCGGGAGUUGGAUAUGCAAAAAACACAUUUCCAAUUCACACGUGUAUAAUACAAGUUGUACAUGUGUGAAAUAGGACAAAUAUAAGCACUCACCUAAUAAUUAUAGUUAUUAUUAUUAUAUUAAAAGUUUGCAUUUAUUAAAACUGAACUUGACGUGAGAAUGUGCUUAGCUUCCCGCAAACUUUAGGUAAAUAUAUAGUGAGAAGUGCAAAGAUGGAUUUUUGCAUUAUACAAUAGUUAGAAAUAGCUUUUAUUUCCAUGAUCAUUGCAGAAUAAAUCCCUCACCUUUUCUAACUGUGAUGGUUUCAUACUCGUGAAGUAGCCUAUAUGCCAAAAACGUCCCAUCUCAUUUAAUUGGACCCACUUUACAGUAGUAAAUAGAUAAACUAUUUCAAAUAUUUUGUUCUAUGCAUCCGAAAGGGAGUGUGGUUUAUAAUAUACAGUAGAAUUUAACAGAUGAGCAGACAGUUGAUAUUUUGCUUUGAAGUGUGUAAGUAGGCCUACUGUAGUAAAAAAAAAGAAAAAACAUUUGUAGACAUACUAGACAAUAUUUCAGAAUUUGUGGACAGUGCAGCAUAUUUAGGUUUGGGAAAAAGUAAACGCAAAACAUUAUAGAAUUCAAAUGAUCUGUUUACAGGUCCACAACAUUUUGCAAUUGUUUUUUUCUUUCGGAAACGGUCAGAUACAGCAAAUAUCGCAGUUAAAGUUCUGCCAUUCUGCCAACACUUCCAGAGACAUUUGAUCAAGUUUGCCAUUGCUAUUAGCUUUAGAAACUGCCUUGGCCUAAUUCCAAUACUUUUUGUCACCAUAAAAGAUGAAUGAUGGGUGUUUUUCAAGUUAGGUUUUAAUGCUCAUUCACGCGCGCACAAUUUCAGGACGGGUUUGAUUUAUAACUGGAAACAUGUUAUUUUCAUAACACUGUAGCUUAUGACUGUCAGCACAACAUCCUUUUUUACUCUAGUUUAGCUCUGGUGAAUGUCUGUUUAAAUGUCACACCACAUUUUAUUCUUUAUCAAGUUUAGAAAAUAUAUUUAAUGGAGACUGUCGCGCCUCACCUUCUUAUUCAUUACUUUAGUUUAACACCAGCUGUCAUGUGUAUUUCAUGCUUUUAUUGAGGUUAACCUGGUUAAAGGAAUGUAGCAUGAGUAGUGGCAAUGUGGAUGUGUUUUGUUUGUUUCCUCUUUUUAGCAGAGUAGUUUUAGUUCAAAUCCCUCAUUGCCAUGUGAUUAUACAGGCAAGAGAACAAUGCCUCGGACUCCAAGGAAACAAAUCAGAAAAACACUUUUUGAUUACAUUGUUUGUUGGUGAUGGGGAUUUCAUUAUUGUUAUGCUAAUACAGUGAGUGUGACAUUUUUGCAGCAUACCUAUUUAUUUUCACAGAUUGGUUAACAUUAUGACAUUUCUCCUCUUUUCUCUGUCUUGGUCUCAUCCAGGUCUUGGUUUCAGUAUAGCAGGGGGAGUGGGGAACCAGCACAUCCCAGGGGACAACAGCAUCUACGUCACCAAAAUCAUCGAAGGAGGAGCUGCGCACAAAGACGGGAGGCUACAGAUAGGGGACAAACUUCUGGCUGUAAGAUUUCCAUUUCCAUCGUCCUCCAUUCCGCUCAUUUAGAUACUUGGUCAUUAUUACAGAUACAUUAACGAGCAACUAAUUAAGUACCUCAGAGCCCUUGCAUUAAAGGCUUUACCAUUUCCAUGACGCAGGAUUGGUGGAGAGUGUUUUUUGACACGUUUGUGUUUUUUCUGUUACUGUUACUGUGGUGUGUUUCCAUAUUUGAGUGUGCAGCUCCCUGUAAUAUAAGGGUCGGAUGAUAUGUUUUGAGGGUGCACCUUUAAUGUGGCAAUCUACAGUUGUAUCAUAUUUUUUUUUACUUCUGAAUUAAUUAAAUGUUCCCCUUGAUUCUUGAAGAAUAUAACUUAUAAAUGCCUCAUGAACUUAGUUCAACUGCCAUCAGAACCCAAAAUAUAAGCUUAUUUAACCCAUAAGAGUCUAAGCCCCGUUCGGACGCUACAGACAAUUUUGUGAGAAGACCGAUUUUCGGGAUGUCUCAUGGUCUGACAAACACCACUCUAGCUCUGUCACCUUUCAUCGCAGAUGUGGAAGUGCGACAUUGUCGGAUGUGGUGGAUUGAGACGCAUCUAAUGCAAAAACCUAUCUCUAGCUUAAACUGACAGAUUUUUAUUGGGAUCUUUUUAUUAUGCUAACUAGAUUUCCGCAGGGGGUGCGGACAUCGACUCUAGGGGAUUAACUCCAAUGUUGGGAAACAAAGUAAAUGGAAACAAGCACUUUAUACCCCUCAAAACAUGGUUCAAACUAUAAUGUUAAUAUCAUGAAUGCUCAGUCCUUGCGUCCAUAGCGUUGUCUAUGAAUUUGAGGGGUUACAUUUCUCCAGCCCUAUUCCUCAGCUUUUUACCGAAACGUGUGGGGAGUUCGCUUCGUUUUAACUGCUGAUUAACAAAUGUGUACGUUCACGUCUGAUCUCACAUCAAUAAUAAUAUCUGUCUCUGUGCAGGUGAACAGUGCUUGCCUUGAGGAGGUGAGCCACGAACACGCUGUGACUGCCUUGAAAAACACUCCCGACGUGGUCUACUUGAAAGUGGCAAAACCCAACAGUGUCUUCAUGAAUGACAGUUUCGCCCCGCCUGACAUCACCAAC